AUGGCGGCCAUAGAGCCCGAGCCGCAGUCGCAAAGAAAAUGGGUGCCUGCCACGGUCGGCAUCUGCCACUGGCAGACGGCCACUGAUAGGUUUGGUCCAGAAGCAAAAGCGGCCAUUCGCGAUCGCGAGCGAGUGGCUCUUGGGCUUCAUCCUUUGGGCCACGAUUCCCCAUUUUUAUGGGCACCGGAGAUACUUGACGACGAGAACGUCGUCAGCUAUUCCAUCCAUAAAAUUGUGCCUGCACCGCAGUGUUAUCGCAAUAACUUGACGGCUCUAUCUCAGGCAUACAACCUAUAUUUUGUCGCCUACCAGAGCCAGAUCUUCGUUUACGUACCGCGAAGUAUAGCGAGACAGCGUCUCCCCAGGCAUCCUGAUUGCCGGCUGCGCUGCGAGCCCAGCAGUGUCGCGCCUUACAUUGGGGGGAAAUGA